GGCCGCGAGUACUUCCGGUAGUGCGGGCGCUGGGUCGCGCUGAGCGGGUUGGAGGCUGGCGGCGGCGCAAUGACCACGCUCCGGGCCUUCACCUGCGACGACCUGUUCCGCUUCAACAACAUUAACUUGGAUCCACUUACAGAAACUUAUGGGAUUCCUUUUUACUUACAGUACCUUGCGCACUGGCCAGAGUAUUUCAUCGUUGCUGAGGCACCUGGCGGAGAACUAAUGGGUUAUAGUAAGUACAGUACCACUAGUACAUUUUUGGUUAUGGGCAAAGCAGAAGGCUCAGUAGCUAGGGAAGAAUGGCAUGGACAUGUCACAGCUCUGUCUGUCGCCCCUGAAUUCCGCCGUCUUGGCUUGGCUGCUAAACUUAUGGAGUUACUAGAGGAAAUUUCAGAAAGAAAAGGUGGAUUUUUUGUUGAUCUCUUCGUAAGAGUAUCCAAUCAAGUUGCCGUCAACAUGUACAAGCAGUUGGGCUACAGUGUCUACAGGACAGUCAUAGAGUACUACUCAGCCAGCAAUGGGGAGCCUGAUGAGGAUGCCUAUGAUAUGAGGAAAGCACUUUCCAGGGACACCGAGAAGAAAUCCAUCAUACCAUUACCUCAUCCUGUGAGGCCUGAGGACAUUGAAUAACCAUAGGCAGUGGUUCUUAGGCAGGUGUUCCAGACAGUUUGUGGACAUAUUAUUUUCAUAGGAUGAUCUUGGAGCUCUAUUAGGAGGAAAGUAAGCAUUUAAGUCUUAAAGACUUCAAAAAAUGCAGGCUAUAAACUUACUUCAAAUCUCAUCCUUCCAAUGAGCAAGAGCGUACAUGUUCGAACUGUUUGCCAUAGUAAAAUUCAAUCAAGGCAGCUAAGUCAGAAGGACACGUUCCACUAUCAUGGUUGACAGUACAUGCCAAGGAAAGACUCCCUCCAUCCUCCUCCUAAAUCUUGUGCCUGAGAACCACUGCUGCACAUAUAUAAAUAUAUAUAUAUUUUAUUUUGUAUUGAUCUGUUAAUUGAAGCUUUAAAAGCAUAUAUGAAAUGUAUAAAUCUGAGAUGUAUAGUAAAACACAUUGUUGACUACGAAUGUUCUGGAGUUUGCUGUCUUUUAAUCAGAAUUAUGGAGCGAUCAUUGUUUAGGAUAUGGUGCUUCUCUUGUUUGGACAUUUUAUAUACAAAACAUUUUUACAUGCA